AUGCGUGUAUGUACUGGAUCAAGUGGGUUUAUUUCAUAUUUGGAGCAAGAGCUAUGGACACUAAUCUCUAUUAUAAACGCCCAACAACGAAGACAAAUGGAAAACUUUGAAUUUUCCCAGUUGGCAAAAGAACUUCCGUUGGCCAGGGCAAUAUCAGGUCAGCAUAUUGAUAAAACUACUAUGGUUCGAUUGGCAACGGCCUACAUCAAAUUGUACAAUAUUUUCGGACAAUCAAGAAGAGCAUACACUAACGCGGAUUACUACUAUGGAAGUGAUUCCAAUUGGACUAAUAAUCAUUUGGAUUUGUUAGAUGGCUUCUUUGUGAUUUUGGAUCGGCGUGGAGAUGUUUUGUAUAUCAGUGAGACUAUCAGUAUCUAUCUCGGCUUGUCGCAAGUUGAGAUGACAGGAAACCCAAUGGUCGAUUAUAUUCAUGAGCAGGAUGUCAAUUGUUUCAAUUCGGCUCUCAAUUACUGUGAUCGUUACUGGCCUCAAAUGUGCAACGUCCGUGUGAAAUCAAGUCUCACAAAACGGGCUAACAAAGACGCCGUGCGAGCAUCUCCUGGAUACAAAGUACUCCGUUUAGAAAUCACGAUGGGACCUAAUCCUAAUACCCGAAUGAUUGCUUGCUAUCCCAUGCCUACCCCUGUCUUAUCUACCGUCACCAUAUCUUGCAACUCCUUCGUUAUCAUUACCUCAAUUGACUUACGUAUCACUUAUGCUGAUGAAAAAGCUCAUCAGCUUCUUCGAAAUACUUACUAUCCAGACUCAAACAUCAAGGGACUUUCCUUCUAUACUCUGAUUGAUGUUUCCGAUUCAGAUGUCAUUUCCAAAAUGCAUUUUGAUAUUUUCAAUCUAGGAGCUUAUAAGACCCCCUACUACCGAAUGAUUCUGAACCAAACUAGUCAAACUUUUUAUGUUGAGUCGAAUAUUUUUCGUCAUACUUCGAUUUCUUCGAAACAAUUUAACGACUCGAUCACAUUUGUUUCUUCUAUUCUAUGA